AUGGGGACGAUCGCCGCCAUGUGGAGCGGCAGUGCAGACCCCGGCAUCCCAAUCCCAGGUACUUUUGCCUUGUGCGCUCUCCACGCCACGGAUCUCCGCGUUAGAUGCAUGGGAAUUCACCACAACGGGAGCAAUCCGCCCGACACGACCCAGUUCCUGGCGCUCUCCGGCGGCGGGCACUUCGCCUGUGGCGUCGAGUAUGGAUCGCAUUUCAUUGUUUGCUGGGGAGAGCUCCAAGUCCCGCAAGAACUUCAGCAAGUUAGCUACUCGAUCGUGGCCUCCGGGGGAUUCCACGUCUGCGCGCUACGCAGCGACAACUCAUUCGUGGAUUGCUGGGGGAGGAUCCCAGCGCCGCCGGCUGGAAUGGCAUUCGCGAGCUUGGUCUCCGGCUGGGGAUUCUCCUGCGGCCUCACUCAAGCUGGAACAGUGGCUUGCUGGGGCGAUCUCCGCAAGGAGAUCUUGCAGCCAUCCAACGAGACCUUUGGAUCCAUCUUCGCGGGAGGAAACACUGCCUGUGGAGUGACUCUACUCGGGAGGCUGUGCUGCUGGGGGACCGCCGACCAUGGACAGUCGAUCCCUCCCACUGGACUGCAGUUUCUAUCCAUCGCUGGAGGGCUCUAUCACACCUGUGGGAUCCGCGCGGACAAUCGCCAAGUUCUAUGCUGGGGAGACCAAGACAACGGCAAGCUCAUGGCUCCACUGGACGUUUCCUUCUCGCAGAUCGCCGCCGGGGACUUCUACACUUGCGGGAUGAGGAUGGAUCCUCCCAUGGACGUGGUGUGCUGGGGCAACUCGGUGUGGUAUCCUCGGUACCAGAAGAACUUCACGAUCAGCCGGGGAAUGUGCGUCAGCGAGUGUGGGAGGAGCCAGUUCCAGGCCGCGGAUCAGCUGUGCCCAGUGGUGAGAGACAAGGUGUGCUUGGAUUGCUCGGUGUGCGUUGGCAACUCCGAGGCUUCUCCUUGCGGUCCGUUAGGCGAUAGGAAAUGCGACACAAGAUCGCAGCCUCGUUCCACUGCUCUGGUGAUCUUGCUCAUCGCGGCAGCUUUGUUCUUGGGAAGUUUGCUCGUGCUAGCGACAUGGCUCUAUCUCCUCCGGCGUGAGAAGAGCAAAGAGGAUGAUCCAAAGCAACAGGGUGACGGGAAGCUAGAGGCGGUAGCGAGCAAGAACGAGAACGAGCGGUCCGCCGGUCAAGCGCUCGCUAUGUCGGCCCUGGAGCUGGAAGUCGCGACGAACAGCUAUAGCGAAGAGAUGGUGCUCGGCAAGGGAGCGUUUGGGACUGUCUACAAAGGCGUGCUAGAGAACGGCCAGGCAGUAGCGAUCAAGCGAGCUAGCACUUCAAGCACCAGAUCGAGCGAGCUCUUCGAGAAGGAACUCCAGCUCCUCACGAGAACGCACCACUCGUGCCUGGUAAACUUGGUCGGCUACUGCAUGGAGGAGAAGCUGCUCGUCUUCGAGUUCAUGUCGAGAGGAUCGCUGUAUGAUAACAUCUUCGCGAGAUCUGGGCCGAGCGCUGGCCUGCAGUGGAUUUGCCGGAUCAAGCUCGCUGCUCAAGCCGCUCGCGGACUGGAGUACCUCCACAAGUAUGCCUGUCCGCCCAUCAUCCACCGGGACGUGAAGUCCGCCAACAUUCUCUUGGACGACGAGUGGAACGCUCACGUCUCGGACUUUGGACUGUCGCUCUUUGGCCCGCUGGGAUCGGCAACUCAUCUCAGCAACAUGACCAUCGUCGGAACUCCCGGCUACCUCGACCCCGAGUAUGGAUUCUUCAUGAAACUCACCACUAAGAGCGACGUCUACAGCUUCGGAGUUGUUCUUUUGGAGCUUCUCUCUGGCCAGAAGCCAGUUGAUCACUUCCGGCCGGUGCAAAACAUUGUCAUCUGGGCCAAGGAGCUGCUCAACGAUGACACCCUUCACCAGCUCUUUGAUCCGGCCCUGGCUGUGCCCGAGAUGCCGGAGCCGCUGUACCGUGCGGCGAAGCUGGCUCUGGAAUGCACGGACGUCAGGGGGAAAAUGAGGCCGUCCAUGACAAACGUGGCGAAGAGCUUGGAGGACAUUCUGGAAUCGCUGAAGGAACAGGAUACGAGGCCUCCGAGCAAACUUUCCGAGUCCGGCAGAGACAGCAAACUUUCGGAGCCACUGUCCGGCAGAGAUUCUGGAAACAUGAGCUCCUUUCCGGCGUCAAUCUGAUUUUAAAGGUUUUUGCUACAACCGGCAACUUACCUUUUAAGCAGCAUCCAGCAUUCUCUUGCGGAUCGUGGAAAA